AUGGUCGGCCGCAACCAGAUCGCCGGCAAGGUCCCUGCCCGGAUCUUGUAUUCCCGGGGGGAGCUCCUGAAGCUCCAAUGUCUGGUCACUACACCACCAGAUGUCCCGGAUGAAAUUCGUAGGAGGAGAGAGCAAGGCAGGAGAACGGAAACACGGAGAAUCAUCAGCUGUGUUUCCUUCAGUGAAGAUGUCAACCUUCACAAGGCGGAGACUGCAUGGAAGCCAUCGGUUAAGAAGAACUGGGGGGAGCAGGACCCCGAGAUGGCCAGGACCCAGGAGAUGUUCGGCAGAAUGCGCGGCAUCCUGAACAAACUGACACUUGAGAAGUUUGAGCAGUUGAUGAAGCAAGUCGCUGAGCUCUCCUUGAACACCGAGGAUCGUCUUGAGGGCAUUGGCAACAUCAUCUUUGAGAAGGCAAUUUCUGAACCCAAAUUUGCCAGCACAUAUGCCAAGAUGUGCCACUGCCUUAAGGAGGACAACAACAGGCAGCAUCUGAAGAAGUCAUCUGAAGAUGUCGCCCAACGCCGGCGGGCAGUGGGCAACAUGAAGUUCCUUGGGGAACUAUUCAAGCUCGACAUGGUGAAGGAUGUCAUCAUUCAUGGUUGCAUUGCCGUGUUUCUCGACACCAAGAGCCAGGAGACAUUGGAGUGCCUCUGCUGCCUGAUUACCACCACUGGCCCAGUCCUGGACUGCGAGAACAUCAAGCCCCGAAUGGAUGGGUACUUCAUUCAAAUGGAGAGUAUCCUGAAGGAGGGGAAGACCACGUCCAGAAUCUGUUUUAUGUUGCAAGAUGUGAUGGACCUGAGACAAAACAACUGGGUCUCCCUGAGGGGUGAACAGGGCCCAAAAACCAUCAGUCAGGUCCAUGAAGAAACCAAACUGGAGAACCAGCUGGAGAUUAUCACGGUCCAGAGCAAUGAAACACGGAAAAUCAUCAGCGGUGUUUCAUUCAGCAUGGACGUGAAGCUCCACAAGGUGGACAAUGCCUGGAGGCCCUCUAUUAAGAACAUCAAGGUGGAGCAGGUCACAGAGACCGCAGAGACCCAUGAGCUGUUUGGCCGAAUGCGCAGCAUCCUCAACAAGCUGACGCCAGAUAAGUUUGAGCAGCUCAUGAAGCAAGUCACUGAGCUCUCCAUGACCACAGAGGAUCGCCUUGAGGGCAUUGGUAGCAUGAUAUUUGAGAAAGCCAUUUGCGAGCUGAAAUUCACCAGCACCUAUGCAAAGAUGUGCCAGUGCCUUAAGGAGCUCACUGUCCCCUGCAAUGAUGAUCCGGCAGUCAACCUGAAUUUCCGGUUGCUGAUGCUCCAUCUCUGUCGGAAGGAGUUUUUUAAGGUUAAUGGAGACGGCAAGAUGCUGGAGAAGGAAUGGCAGAACCUGAAUGCUGCUGACAUGGAGGAAGGGAGGCAGCAUUUGAAGGAGGAGCUUGGCACCAAAGUCAUCGCCCACCGCCGGCGGGCAGUGGGCAGCAUGAGGCUCCUUGGGGAACUGUUCAAGCUCGACAUGGUGAGGGACGUUGUCAUCCUUGGGUGCAUCGUCACCUUUCUGGACACCCAGAGUGAGGUGGCAUUGGAGUGCACUUGCUGCCUGAUCACCACCACUGGCUCGAUCCUGGACUGUGAGAACGUCAAGCCUCAAUUGGAUGGGUGUUUCAGUAAGCUGAAGCAGAUCUUAAAUGAGGGGAAGACCACCUCCCGAAUCCGCUUCAUGCUAGAAGAUGUGAUGGAUCUGAGACAGAAUAACUGGGUCCCCAGGAGGGAUGAACAGGUGCCUAAAACCAUCAACCAGGUCCACCUAGAGGCCGAGCUUGAGAACCAGUUGGAAAUAAGGAAGGUUGAGGAGAGCAGGAACACCACCCCUGUGACAACCGAUUAUGCCCCCACCAACAUCCACAAUGAAUCAGAUCCAGCUGUGCAGGAAAUUGACACCAAGCCAGCUGUGCAGGAAAUGGACGCCGAGCCAGCUGUGGAGAUUGACACUGAGCCAGCUGUGCAGGAAAUGGACGCCGAGCCAGCUGUGGAGAAUGACACCAAGCCAGCUGUGCAGGAGAUUGACAUCGAGCCAGCUGUGCAGGAGAAUGACACCGAGCCAGCUGUGCAGGAGAUUGACACUGAGCCAGCUGUGCAGGAAAUGAACGUCGAGCCAGCUGUGCAGGAAACUGUCAUCGAGCCAGCUGUGCAGGAGAUUGACAUCGAGACAGCUGUGCAGGAAACUGUCAUCGAGCCAGCUGUGCAGGAGAUUGACAUCGAGACAGCUGUGCAGGAAAUUGACAUCGAGCCAGCUGUGCAGGCGAUUGACAUCGAGCCAGCUGUGCAGGAAACUGUCAUCGAGCCAGCUGUGCAGGACACCGAGCCAGCUGUGCAGGAGAUUGACAUCGAGCCAGCUGUGCAGGACACUGUCAUCGAGCCAGCUGUGCAGGACACCGAGCCAGCUGUGCAGGAGAUUGACAUCGAGCCAGCUGUGCAGGAGAAUGACAUCGAGCCAGCUGUGCAGGAGAAUGACACUGAGCCAGCUGUGCAGGAGAUUGUCAUCAAGCCAGCUGUGGAGGGGAAUGACACCGAGCCAGCUGUGGAAAUUGACAUCGAGCCAGCUGUGCAGGAGAUUGUCAUCAAGCCAGCUGUUGAGAAUGACACCGAGCCAGCUGUGCAGGAGAUUGACAUCGGGCCAGCUGUGCAGGAAACUGUCAUCGAGCCAGCUGUGCAGGAGAUUGUCAUCAAGCCAGCUGUUGAGAAUGACACCGAGCCAGCUGUGGAGGGGAAUGACACCGAGCCAGCUGUGCAGGAGAAUGACAUCGAGCCAGCUGUGCAGGAAAUUGACACUGAGCCAGCUGUGCAGGAGAUUGACAUCGAGCCAGCUGUGCAGGAAAUUGACACUGAGCCAGCUGUGCAGGAGAUUGACAUCGAGCCAGCUGUGCAGGAAACUGUCAUCGAGCCAGCUGUGCAGGAGAUUGACACUGAGCCAGCUGUGCAGGAGAUUGACAUCGAGCCAGCUGUGCAGGAAACUGUCAUCGAGCCAGCUGUGCAGGAGAUUGACAUCGAGCCAGCUGUGCAGGAAACUGUCAUCGAGCCAGCUGUGCAGGACACCGAGCCAGCUGUGCAGGAGAUUGACAUCGAGCCAGCUGUGCAGGAAACUGUCACCGAGCCAGCUGUGCAGGAAAUUGAUGUUGAGCCAGCUGUGCAGGAAACUGUCAUCGAGCCAGCUGUGCAGGACAUCGAGCCAGCUGUGGCAAUUGACACCGGGCCAGCUGUGAAAGAGGACACGGUGUCCGCUAACUUCACCACCGUGGACACCAGUCAGUCCUGUGAGAUCCCCAAGGUCCAGAACAGUGGAACACACAAAAUCAUCAGCGGUGUUUCAUUCAGCAAGGAUGUGAAGCUCCACAAGGUGGAAAACGCCUGGAGGCCUUCAAUUAAAAAAGACAAGGUUGAGCAGGACCCUGAGAAGACCGUGACUCAGGAGCUGUUUCGUCGAAUGCGCAGCAUCCUCAACAAGCUGACGCCGGAGAAGUUUGAGCAGCUGGUCAAUCAGGUGGCCGAGCUCAACAUUGACACCACGGAACGCCUCCAGGGCGUUGUCGACAUCGUUUUCGAGAAGGCCAUCUUCGAGCCCAAGUUUGCCAGCACUUAUGCCAAGAUGUGCCACCGCCUUAAGGAGCUCAAUGCCCCCCUCAACGACUGCCUGGAAGCCACUCUUAAUUUCCAUCUGGCGAUUCUGAAUCGCUGCUGGGUGGAGUUUGAUCAGGUCAAUGAGCGUGUUCUGCGACCGAAAGAGGAGCUUGAGGCUAACGUCGCCGCCAGCCACCGGCGCUCGCUCGGUAACGUGAAGUUCCUAGGCGAGCUGUUCAACCUGGAGAUGGCAGAGGAGUUCUUAAUGCACAGGUGCAUUACCACUCUUCUGGACAACCAGGGUGAGAAGGCACUCGAGUGCCUGUGCUGUCUGCUGUCCACCAUCGGCAGGAACCUGGACUGCGAUAAAAACAAGUGCCAUAUCGAUAAGUACUUGCGUAAAAUGGAGCAGAUCCUGAAGGAGGGAAAGACCUCAUCCAGAAUCCGUUUCAUGCUGCAAGAUAUAAUGGACCUGCGACAGCCAGGUCCACAGUGA